CAUUUAUGGGGACCAAACAGUGGACGUGAGCACAGUGAGGCAGUGGCUGGUGUGUUUCAGCAGUAGCAACAGUAGGUCACCUAUGCUGUUACUGAUUUUUAUAGGCAUGGAAUAUCGGUUCUUGUUCAUCACUGGUGAAAAUGCAUAACUAAUGGUGGUGACUAUGUUAAGAAAUAGUGUUUUGUAGCCGAGAAUUUGCUCAGUCUAAUGGUAUUAUUGUACUCUUUGUAUCUGUUGUCUUUUCCAUGGUUCCAUGGAAAGAAGAAGGAGGCAAUGAUUUCGGAGUGAGUGACCUACGUACAUUCUUUUAUGAGGAAAGCUUUCAUCCCUUUACUAGGACUCUUGUCUCAUUCCAAAUAACAUUGAUCUGUAUUUGUCAUUGUUUUAUAGCAAGACUUCCCAGUCUCAGAAUGAGGGUUUUUAUUUUAAAUCUGACUACUUGUGCUCACUUACUAAUACUAAUAAAGUCAGCAAGACUUUAUUAUAAGAAGCAAGAGUAAGCAAGAAUAUCUGAUCAUAAAUCCUUCCCUUCAGUUUCAGUUGUUAAAACUGCCAAACAAAGCAACUGACUUUUAAUUUUUGGCCAUUGUAUCCAUCCAACAGUAAUUUUCUUAGAAGUUCCUAGGGAAGUGUCCAUCCAUUUUCUACAAAUUUGAUGAACUGAUGUUUUUUUUUUAAAUUUUAGUUUUGCAUUCUUUUCAAAAUGAAGUGCUCAAAUUGUAAAACAGAAGCAGAUUUUCAGUUUUGUGAAUAAAGUAAUGAUUGAAAAAUUUCUAAGUUGUUAUGACUGCAAUUUUAUAUAAUUGUGGGAAAAAAAUUUUUUUGAGAAUGCAAGACAUCUUGACUUUGAAAAUGUGGGUUCAUUGGGUGUUGCUUGCACUGCCAACUUUAGGAAGCCUAGGUAUCAUUGUAUUUAGGGUUAGAAUAUCUGUAUAAAGCUCUCCUAUAAGCUUCUAGGCAUCCUCACAAUUCUUUAAAGUAGCAAAAAACAUUGAGAGAUUGUCAUAAACACAGCGGAGGGCUGAAGCACCAGCUGGUCAAUAACCUUCCAUCUUGCUCUUGGGCUGGGAAAUAGCAAUGGAGCCUGUGAUAGCUUGCUUGGAAAGUGAAUUUGGAUUUUUUUUGGUGGAGUAUUUUGGGGAAAAGAUGCAGCACCUUGCAAAGGUAUAGCCUGUGUGCCAAUUCCCUUUAGUGGCAGCAGUACCAUCACUGAAUAGCAGGAUGGACUGCAACGGUGACGCUGUCUGAAAAGAAAUGGAGGCAGUUUCUUAGACCAGCAAGACCAGGGCUACUUGGUGUGAUAGAUCAAAAUAAUCUUAAAAUAGGAUUAAAAAACAGGAGGCAGUUAAUGCAAAUGUCAGAGCAGCAGAUUAAUGAUUAUGCGACAGGAGACUUGGCGGCAAGGGGCCAUUUGCUUGCAGACCAGAGGCAAUCUCCAGACAGACUGCAGUCAAUGCACAGGUUUUCAGGAGCCCCAUGCUGUGGCAGCAGUGUUUGAGCAAAGCAUGUAUGAUUUGCUCAUGGAGCUGAAAACAGGGUGGCGUGACAUUGGUGACCCGGUGAUCUAGCAGGUCAUGCAGACUGGAUCCACAGUGUCAGAGGCAUCAAUCUCCCUGCUGCAUCUUCUGAGUGUCGCCCCUAACCAGGCAGUGGCUUCUCUACUCUCUCUUGAUUUUCUGCCUGCCCUCCUCCUCCUCUUUCUUCUUCCUCUUCUUUCUCCUGCUCACAGGAGGUGCUCCCAGGCCCCACUCAGUGUACUUGUAGAGGUGGAGGCAUAAAGCUCUGUGCUGUCUGGUCACUGACAGUAGUCUCCACAUCUUCUUCCUGUCCUUGAGAGUCUCUAAAUAAGAGACUUGAUGACACCUUUUAUGCAUCUGCAGCACAGCUGGAAUGAGCUGUGAUUAUAACCACCUAGUGGAAAUAUGCUGUAGACUCUGGCUUUGCAGACCUCAUCUCUGCUUGAGGUGAGACUUAAGGAGGAAUACGUGCAGGCAAAGACAGUGUGCAAUCAAGCAUUGCAUAGAAACUGGAAGUGUCUCCAGGGGUUUUCAACUUCUUUUUUUUUUUAUUAGUACAAAUAUUUUUGCUUCCUCUCAGCAUCAGUUCUCUUCAGGAGCUACUGUACACAGUGUUCAAGCUGAAAAAUUAGCCUGCUCUUAUCCUGAUAUCAACAGGAACUGCAGUAAGGUAUAAUUGUGGUAGGAACCGGAUAAGGACAAUAAUAGUUAGCAUGUUAAUUGCCUUAGAUCUCUGAAGCAUUUUGUGACUGCCAGAUCAGGGUAAUGUCUAAAAAGCCUGUUGUCUUGCCUACAUGGUUUUGCUUAUAUAUGAACUAAUCUCUUCUGAGUCCAUGUGUAACUGGCUGCACAAUCCAUAUACAAAGUAGGUUUUAAAAUCAAGGCUUCCCAACCCUUCUUCUUUCCUCCCAUCACAAGAUACUGUCCAUCCCCUGCAGAUGUUUCACCACAUUGAGCCACACUCACAGUGACCUUACAGAAGAUACCAGAAACUGCCCUGGCAUAAAUGAAAAUCCCAUUUGGUUCAGCUGAUAAACUUUGAUUCAGUCCCUUUUUGUAAUGACUGCAUCAGAAUGAGAUAUAUAUUCUUAUGCUUAAUAUUAUAAAAACCUUCACCAUGUUAUGUAAAUACAUUUUGUUGUUUUUACAAGUAAGGAAAACAUAGCCAAAAUAGCAUAAAAAUAAGUAACAUGUUUAUAUCUGGAAUUCCAGAUACAAAAUGGAUUUGAUAGAAUUAGUAAAAUUAGGGAAACAAAUUGUUGGAAAGAAAUCCUUCAGCAGCUGAAACUCAGCCACAUGUGAUUCCAAGCUUUUGUGCAGGCAAGGCAAGAUUUUAACUGGUGUAGUGUCAGACCAAGACUGUAACACAGUAUUAGAGGAGGGAACCAAAGCUUUUGCAAGUAUUUACACAACCGUCUGUAUACUGAUGGGUAGAGGUGCCCUGUACUGGCCUGUCCUUUAAAGGACAUUGUUUUCUAUUGAUGUUUCAUCUAAAGGUUUUUCCAUUAAUUAAGAUGAGCUUAUGUAAUCUUUUUAAUACAUUACUACUUCUCCUAUCCUGAGGCCAUGUCAAUGACAGGCUACACGUGUGCUUUAACACACCUCUCCAAUAUGCACUUACACAGUCCCUGCUAUACACGAUAGCAUGUGAACUCCAGCUGGCUGCAAAGAAAGGCAAGAUCAGGACUGACUCCGGUUUGCCCCCGGGACCAGAACAUGAGCCCAGUUGUGUACAGUUUAUCAGUGAGCUAUAUCCUUACUGAUCCCUUCCAACUUGGGAUAUUCUAUGAUUUUAUUUGCUUUAAAUAUCUCUGCACUGUCACAGUGGACUACUUUGUCUUUUAUUACUGUGUGUUGACUAGCCUUUUCUGGGAUUUAACCAUUUGUAUAUUUUCUUUGUAAAACUGCCAGUAAAAUUAGACCUGGUUAUCACCAAGCUGUGUUCAAAGAACAACAGUUCUUUUAUCUAUCCUGCUCUGCUUUGGUGUUUGUGAAAUUGCAGAAGUUGUGCUUGGGCAUUCUAAUUUUUCCCUACAUUCAAAUAUACACAAAAUAGUGAAACUAAAGGUGUUUAAGAGUUCCUAUAUGAGGGAAAUGUUUGUUCUGAGGAGAAGACCUGGUACACACUGUGUUUCUCCUGGGAGCACACACUUUUGUCUGAAUCAUGUGCUACUGGCUUGUGGUGAAUGGUGGUGUUUUAAAACUGUACUGCUGACACAAUAUUGAAGUGGAAUACCCUGAAGGAAAGACAGUGAUGCACUUAAAUAAUUGUACCACGUAUCCUGUGCCUGCUUUUUGAAUGUUCAUAGUUACCUUUUGCAAAUAUCUUGUUUCGUUCCCUUGCGUGCUUGAUCGGGGAACAAAGGAGUAAGAGGAAAGUUGUCCCUGUUGAAGCCUUAAAGCUGAGCGUCCAGCUGCUGCCACCAGCACUCGGUCUGGCAGAGCAGCCCAUGCAGUUCCCGGCAGGCAGCAGUGCCAGUCUCGGCCUCCAUCCCACUUCCUAGAAGUGGCCACAAUGGUGAGCAACCGACGAGGAAGUGACGUCUGUCGCAGAGGCUCCUGCAAACACCCGUCACUUCGGGAAGCACAAACCCGCCCCGUAGCCCCGGUGCCACUGCUAUAAAGCAACAUGCCCCAUCUGAGCUCUGGCACAGCUUCCUCCAGCUGAUGUGUCGGGUGGGAGAAACGCAGGCAUGCUGGCAGCGUGAGAGGAGAAACAUCAUUUGACUCAGUGAAGAAUUAAAUCCAACAGCACUGCAGAGCCGCGUGGGAGAGAAGGGGAUUUUAGACUCAAGUGGCACAAUCAAGUCUUCAGAAGUAAAGACAUUUGGAACAGCUUCUCCCAAAAUGGAAGUUAUCUAGACAGCCCCUGAGACCUCUCUGCAUCCUGCUUCUGCCGCACCGGGACGGUGUUCUUAGCCCUGGUCUUAAAUAAAAUGUUGGAUUCUAUCAAGUGCGUGCUGGUGGGAGACUCUGCAGUGGGAAAAACAUCUCUCUUGGUACGUUUCAUCUCUGACACUUUUCCAGAUAACUACCGACCCACUGUGUAUGAGAACACUGGAGUGGAUGUCUUCAUGGACGGCGUGCAGAUUAGCCUAGGCCUUUGGGACACAUCUGGAAGCGAUGCCUUCAGAGGCAUUCGCCCCCUCUCCUACCAACAGGCAGAUGUGGUGUUAAUGUGCUACUCUGUGGCAAACCACAACUCCUUUCUAAACCUGAGGAGCAAAUGGAUUGGCGAGAUCCGCAACCAUCUGCCCCGCGUCCCUGUUUUGGUAGUGGCCACGCAGACCGACCAGCGCGAGUCGGGGCCUUACCGCUCCUCCUGCAUCAGCUCGAUGGAUGGCAAGCGGCUCGCCCAGGACGUGCGAGCCAAAGGCUACUUGGAGUGCUCAGCCCUCAGCAACCGCGGUGUGCAGCAGGUGUUUGAGUAUGCUGUGCGGACAGCAGUCAAUCAAGCCAAGAGGCAGAACAGGCGGAAACUCUUCUCCAUUAACGAGUGCAAGAUCUUCUGAGGACUGCCAGCAGUGGUUUUGCCUAUGUUCGUUGUUUCUGCCUUUGCACAAAGAUGCUGCGGCAGAGAUAAUGGGAGCGAAUCAAAGACAGGAGGACUCCUGUCAGGACCAUGGUACAGGUGGCCCCAGUAAAACACAUGUGCGCUCUGUCAGUUCUGUUCCCCUACCCAACACACAUGGGCACUAUCUUUAAAAACGACAGAUGCAGGCAGGGGCCUUUGUUCUCAACUCUGUGUUUGUAAUUUGCCAUCUUGGACUGAAGCAGACCCAGUCUGGAGAUUUACAGAUCAUAGUUGUGCAGAUUUUGUUAUCAGUGUUCCUCAGCUGUUGGUUUGUCUGCAUUUAUUUCACAACAAACUUCACCUGGAUCAACCUUCCCUCUUGACGUAUCUGUCCGAGUGUUUUGUUGUUUUUUUUUUACUCUAAGAACCUAAUGUAUAGGUAUAAAUGUAUAAAAUCUGACCACUGUGUAUCUAUUUAAAAGAUUCUUGUAUAUGUUGUUGUAAAAUCCUGACAAUUUGUUUUCAUAUUUCUAUCUAACCAACAUGCAAAUAAUUCUAUCCAUAUAAUAAAUGGCCUGCAGGCAAGCCUAGCACUUCUUACACAUGCCUGAGUUACUGCCCAACAGUGAUCAAACACACUGUGUCCAGCAUAGGAGUGAUCAAAACUUUGUGACAUUUGAUAGUUGACUUUGUGAGAUUUAUUUUCUUACCUUAGUCCUGUUCCUGGGAAAAUAGAGACCGCUGCAACACUGUGGUCAGAGAUGUGCUGAAGCAAGAGGAACUUAACCUGACUCUUCCUAGACUUGACCUAGUUACAACCCCAGAAGGGCUGGCUUGUAGUCAAGGCUAACCAUGCGGGUAGGGUGGUAGAGACAAAUCUGUGCUAUCAUCACUUCUCAUGUUCCUGCCAUAAUUCUGGAGGCAAAAGACUUCAUUCUCUAGGGAUGAAUGGUAUUUUUUUUCCAUGAGCACUAACAUUCUCACAUAUUUUUAGCACAUUUUGAUUAUAAACAGUGGUUUUCAUGAAACAAGUAUCCUAUUUGCUGGAGUGCAAGUAAUGUCUGGACAAUGCUCGCAAACAAUCUAAUUUUUGAGUGGUCCUGUGUGGAGUCAGGAGUUGGACUUGACGAUCCUUAUGGAUCUCUUCCAACUCAAGGAAUUCAAUGAAUCUAUGAUUCUACUACAGUAAAAAAAAUAAGUACAUGGCAGUGUUGAAUGUGCAUAUUUACAAUGGCUAAAUAAAACAUUCUUUUGAGUUUGCAUGCUAAGCAUAACGGCCUGGAUUCUAUAAAACAACGACUGUAGCAGGAGUUGUGCCCUGGAGAGCUUGGCAAGUCUGAGCACCAAGUUCUGACAUACCUGCUUGGGCCAAGUUACCCUUCUGCACAGAGAGUCAGGCUAAAGAAGUGGCACUUCAAGAUGUGUAAGUGCAUACUGCUGGAAGACAGAGUGGGGUCAACACACACCACACUGUGCAUUCCCUGUGAGUGGUGUGGUGGCCCCACUCCUGAGCUUAUCUGUGCCAAAACCUCUGCCCCACACCAUCCCACAGGUCUUGCAGAUUGGUCUCAUCCCAAGGUUUCUGCUGCCCUCCCCACCCUUCAGUGAGCUCAGAACUGAGGCUUAUAGCAUGCUGCCAUGGAAGGUGUUGCUCAAAACAGUAGGAUGAUUCUCUCUCCAUGAGGAUCCCAAGAGAAUUAACUGUGUCUGUUCUGACUAAGCCUGACUCAUGCAUUCCAACUGGAAUUGAUGCAAAAGCUUGUCUGAUUCAAAUCCAAGGUGGGACUUUGGGAGUUAUCCUACUUAGCAUAUAAUUUAUAGCUCAGAUCUAACCUACUGAUAGUUUAUACCAGAAAUAUCAGUCAGGUGCCCUUCUCCAUGCUCUGUUCUCCAUCUGAGCUUCUUCACGAGGAGAAAUUCCAAAUGGAACAAUUCUCCUCCUAUGAAUCCUAGGGAUGGUCUCAGUUGUGUUAUAGGUGAACAAGUAUCAGCAUUAUGGGCACCUUGAGCAGCAGUAGUGCAUGGGACACUUGUUAUUGCAGCAAUCCCCAAAACUCCCAGGCAGGUGAAUAGUCAUCAGCCUUAUUCCAAGUGAGGUCAUAAAAACAUGCUGGUCUCAUGUGUAAGGUUUUAUUAUCAGCUUCAAAUCCUCACAAGCUUCUGCACCUGAGCAUACAUUUUUCCUGCACUCUUCUCUUUACAUUUUCUCUUUCUCUUUGUAAAACUUUUGGUGUACAUUGGAAAUCCCUAGCCCCCUCGAACACUAAAACUGACAUAUUUGUAAAAGAACCUGAACUGCCUGAUACCUACAUGGAGUUACACAGAUGUUAGGUAUUUUCAUUCCUCAUUUAAAAAUCUUUUGGCUUUUGGAAGAAGUAAGUUCCAAUAUCCCAACUCUUGUAAUGUGUUGUCAAUGAAAGUAUUGUUUCUUGCACCCCCUAAUUUAAAAGUAGCCAUUGUUACUGUUUGAACAUUAAAGAUCACAUGCAAAAUUUUGCAUUGUCAGUCUUAAAGUCU